AUGUAUCAACCAACCCCCAUUGCUGUUAUUGGUGUUGCUUUCCGCCUACCUGGAGGUGCCGAAAAUCUCGAAGACCUCGAGCACCUGCUCAACAAUGGAGGCUCCGGGUUCGUACCUGUCCCUGAAGAUAGGUGGAAUCGUGAUGGAUUCUAUUCGACUCAACAAAAUGCAAAAGGCGGGAUACCAUCGAAACAUGGAUACUUCUUACAACAAGACAUUUCCCAUUUCGAUGCCCGUUUCUUCCAGAUAUCUCGCCAGGAAGCUGCUACUAUUGAUCCGAAGCAAAGGAUAUUGCUUCAGACAACGUACGAAGCUCUUGAGAAUGCUGGCAUUCCCAUGGAGCGAGUCCGAGGUAGCAAGACCUCUGUGUACGUGAGCACCUUUACCUAUGACUACGAGCGCAUGGGUUUUAGGGAUAUGCAAGUAUUAUCUGGAUUUCACACCACCAGCGUUGGCCCUGCAAUUUUGGCCAAUCGGCUUUCAUAUUUUUUUGAUCUCAAGGGGCCAUCGUUUACCCUUGACACUGGUUGUUCUGGUGGUCUCGUCGCCCUUCACCAAGCUUGCCAGAGUUUGAGACUUGGUGAAUCAGACAUGGCGAUUGUUGGAGGCGCGCAACUUCUGAUUGAUCCGGAUCAAUCAACAAACAUGUCUACUCUUGGAAUGCUAAAUGCCGACGGCCACUGCUACGCGUUUGACUCCCGUGGCCAUGGUUACGGGCGUGGCGAAGGCGUUGCGACUUUGAUAUUGAAGCGUCUCGAUGAAGCAUUGGCCGAUGGUGACCCGGUUCACACAGUGAUUGUUAAUUCCGGUCUUAACCAAGAUGGCAGAUCAGCAGGUAGCCUCAUGUCCCCAAGUGGUGAAGCGCAAAGGGACUUGAUGCGAUCUGUAUAUAGUCAAGUAGGGUUACAACCUAACGAAACUCCAUAUGUUGAGGCACAUGGCACUGGAACAGUAGCUGGUGACACGAACGAGAUAUCGUCCAUCUAUCAGGUAUUCUGUGAAGGAAAGCAGCGGCAAAGCGACCUCAUCGUUGGGUCUGUCAAAGCUAACAUAGGACAUCUUGAGGCUGUAGCCGGCCUUGCUGGCUUGAUAAAGUCUAUAAACGUACUGAACUCAAAGUUAAUCCCACCACAAUUGCAUUUCGUCGAACCUAAGCCGCAAUUAAAACUCGACGAGAGACACAUAAAGGUCGCUACAGAACUAUUCAAAUUGCCACCUGGGCCUUGCCGAGCUUCUGUGAACAGCUUUGGAUAUGGAGGUACCAACUCACAUGUGAUUAUUGAAUCGCUGUCUUCCUUCUUGGAGAAUUCAAAUUGGCCGACGGCAGGACUCCGCACAUCUCAUAGGCGGCCCAACGGACUCAACGGCGAGGUAAACGGAAACGCCCUCGCGCAUAUAAACCACACAAAUGGCACAAAUGGCACAAAUGGCACAAAUGGCACAAAUGGCACAAAUGGCGCAAAUGGCACAAACGGCGUAAAUAGCGUAAAUGGAGUCAAUGGCGUAAAUGGAGUCAAUCGAACGAACGGAGCCAAUGGAGUUAACGGCGUAAACGGCAGCCAUGCUACACACUCUCCUUUGCGGAUGUUUGCCUUGAGCGCCAACACGGAGGUGUCGUUGAAAACAUACGCACAGAAAUUAUCCGCGUGGAUUGCUAAGCACAACCCGUCUGAGAGAAGUCUCGCUAACAUAUCUCACACCCUUCUAACCCGAAGGUCACUUCUGCCCUGGCGUCACACCAUAGUAGCAUCCGACACCAACGACUUAGCCGAUAAGCUGCGUACCGCUCGCGCAGUCAGAACGGCACAAACCAGUCGGCUUGCGUUCAUAUUCACUGGCCAGGGAGCUCAAUGGAUUGGAAUGGGCAGAGAGCUUGUCCAAUUUUCGGCUUUUAACCGUUCUAUCUCAAAAUCGGAGAACCUCCUCCUGGAAAUGGGCUGCGACUGGCAUCUGAAGAACGAGAUAUUCACGGACGAGCAAACUUCAAGACUCAACGAAGCUGAAGUGGCACAACCGGCAACGACUGCUUUGCAAAUUGCCUUGGUUGAUCUAUUGUCAAGUCUAAAAAUACGCCCGACAUGUGUAGUCGGCCAUAGCUCAGGAGAGAUAGCAGCUGCUUAUGCCGCUGGAGCUCUAUCACAUGAGUCUGCCAUAGAGGCGGCAUACCGACGUGGAGUUCACUCCGGAGGAGCCAAACGUAGAAACACAACCCCAGGAUCCAUGCUUGCUGUCGGUCUUGGUGAAGACGGUGUUAAACCGUAUAUCAAGCAGAUUAGAAGCGGGAGACUCUGCGUGGCAUGUGUCAAUAGUCCUCAAAGCACAACUAUAUCAGGAGACGUACAAGCUCUAGACGAGCUGAAACAAAUGCUGGACGCCGAAUCCAUAUUUGCCAGAAGGCUUAGGGUCGACACUGCAUAUCACUCUCACCACAUGCAAGUCGUAGCCGAUGACUACCGAGAGUCGCUGGUUAAUAUCCAAACUGGCAGUACGGAGAGCAAUAUCGUAUUCUGCUCUACAGUCACAGGGUCUCCAAAACUAGAUGGUUUUACGGCAGACUACUGGGUGCAAAAUCUUGUGUCAAAGGUUCAAUUCGUAGAUGGUUUACAUCUUAUUUCCCAGGAGAUGAAGAAAUCCUUACCAAGUGGCGACCCUCAGUUCACCUUUCUGGAGAUCGGCCCAACAGGAGCACUCGCGGGCCCUACAAAACAGACCUUGUCGGCUAUUGAUUUUAAACAUACUUGUUUAUCAGUCUUGAACAGAAAAACGGACGCCUCCAAGUCUUUCCUGUCAAUGAUAGGACAACUAUUCGAACUUGGACACACUCUCGAUCUAGGCUUAAUUUCUGAGCUUGUACCGAACUCGAGUCACGAUAGCCCCCAGGUUCUAUCAGACUUACCUGGCUAUGCAUUCGAUGAAUCUUCACAUUGGUUCGAGUCACGCAUUAGCGCGGCGCAUCGUUUCCGAAAAUUCCCUUACAACGAUCUUUGCGGCCUUUUAGACCCUGCUAGCAGUGUUUAUGAGCCACGGUGGCGCCAUGUCCUCAACCUUGAUGCUAUCCCUUGGCUUAAGGAUCACGCCAUAGAUGGAGAUGCCGUAUUUCCUGCGUCAGGCUUUGUCGGCAUGGUUGUGGAAGCCAUGAAGCAGUUACUUGAGAUUCAACAGUCGAAAACAGAUGUGAAGAGAUUUGUGAUUCGUGAUAUGACAAUUACACAAGCGGUAUCACUAUCACUUGAGGAGCAAGAUGCAGAGGCUGAGCUUCAGUUAAUUAUAAGCCCGAGCAAAGCAGGGUUGCGCUGGCGUGAGUUUAAGAUAUUAUCAUUCGACAAAGCAAGCAAGCGAUGGUAUGAGAACUGCAAUGGCCGUAUUGCAGGCGAGACCGGAGCCGAUAACGACGAAGUUGAAGAUAAUAGCGAAGAUAGCCUACGAGCUGAAGAGCAGCUCGAGAUGCUCAAGGUUGUCAUGUCCGAGUCCGAGGAAGAGUUGGAUCGCGAUACCUUCUAUACUCAGCUCGCAUCCUCAGGGAAUAACUACGGCAAGUCUUUCUCGCUGCUAGGUGACGUCCACACGGGUCAAGAUCAUGGGUGGUCCCAGGUUGUCAUGCCCGACUAUGCAGAGCUACUACCUGGACACCAAAUGCAACCACACAUUGUUCAUCCCUCUUUGCUUGAUUCAUUCUGCCACAUAGGCGCCUUCCUCGCUAAGAGACCUUGUCGUGGUGCUUCAAUCGUUGUCGGAGAGAUCAACGAGAUGAUAAUCUCUUCAGACUUCACCAAAGUCGCCGGGAACGAGCUAUGCCUUGCAACAACCCAACAGCCUGAGGGUACACGUGCAGUUAAGUCGCAGUCUGUCGUUUUCCAGAAAAAUGCGCAGGGCCAUAUGGUGCCGGCAUUGUCCGCGUCCUUUACAUAUCGAGCUUUCAGUGUCUUCUCGGACGGCAAAGACGACGGCCCUUUCUCGAACAAGAAGGUCUACUCACUUAUCCGCCAACCAGAUGUUGAUUUCCUUCGUUCCGACAACUAUCCUAUUGAAGUCCAAGGAGGCGAAGCGAAAAGUAUUCAGGACAUAUUAACGGAGUAUCUAGAUUUGGUGGCAUUCAAGAACCCCCACAUGAAGUUGCUUGAAAUAGGAUGCACAAUAGAGACCGUUACACUACCCCUCCUUUCCUCGUUGAUGAAGGAAGGUAGAGACUGCUGGCCAGACUGUUAUGACAUCGCAAGCUCGGCACAGACAGAUAAAGCGUUGGAGCCGUGGCUUAAGCACAUCAACAUGAGACCACUCGACGUCACGAACGAUCUCUCUUCCGAGGAACUAGAGAAGAAAUAUGAUGCUAUUGUCGUAUCCACGGAUGUCUUGACUCCAACAGCAGCCGGCACUGAACUGACUAACUUCCACAGCCUGUUGCGCGAUGGCGGCAAAUUGAUUUUCAUCAACACAUCAGGCUCGAGUCCUUCAGUAGAGCAACUAGAAAGUGUUUUCUACGGGCACUCAUUCAGUGGUACUGAUAUUAGAGUCGAUGGUCUUCAGGUAGAAGCACAAACUCCAUUCAUACUAGUCACCACAAAGACCACCAGUAGCGCCUCGAGCAGUGCCGCAUCUACGGCUUUGCAUAUAGUCAAAGGAUCGGAUUCUCUCGCGUCUCGGGCAAUCGCAUCAGGGUUGAUGGGAGCCACACCUCCAAAUGGCCAACAUUGGACCUGGUCCUGCAACAUCCUCGAGAAUACCAUUAUCAAUCCAAAUGAGACGUACAUCGUGUUGGAUACUGCAGAAAACACAUUGCUGUUGAACCAAGAUCCUCAAGUCUUUAUACGGCUUAGGGAGCUGCUCAACGCGAAUGUCAACAUCAUUUGGGUCGCCCUCCAGGAUACGUUCACUCCGAUAGCAACGUCAAUGAGAUCUAUGAUACAGGGAGCUUCGAGAGUUAUCCGCCGAGAAAACGAAGGUACCACAUCGCUGAUAACCUUUGAAGUGGGUGAUCAAGUCACCCUCACUAGCGCAAGUGAUAUUUGCCAGCACCUCUCAAAGCUCAUUGUCGCCAAGAGCGCCGGUCAGAGGGAUAUAGAGCAAGAGAAUGAGUACAUCUAUCGUAACGGGCAUGUCAUGAUACCCCGUUUGCAGGUUGACCAAAAAUUCUUAAGAGGUGUUGGCGCUCCUCUCAAGGGACAAGAUAAUCUCGUCGAAGUCAGCUAUCAUGACCAAGGUCGAUCAUUGCAGCUGGAGGUCGAAACACCCGGCCUUCUCAAUAGCAUCCGCUUUACUGAUGACCCAUUAGCCGCGGAACUGGAGCCAUGUGAAAUCCAGGUCUCGACGCGAGCGCAUGGUAUCAACUUCAAGGACGUCUUCAUAUCACUUGGCCAAAUGCCGCCUUCUGUUACCAUGGUGGGAGAGAUGAGCGGUGUCGUCACCGCCGUCGGGCGAGAGAUGGCGGAUAGAUACACUAUCGGUGACCAUGUCAUGGGCUUUUUCGCCAAACCAUUCGCCAGCAACGCUCGCAUCAAUGGCAAUCUCGCUCAUAAGAUACCAAAUGACAUGGAGUUCAGUAUUGCGGCCACAAUCCCGUGCGUCUAUACAACAGCAUACCAUUGUCUUUUCGAAGUCGCUCGCCUGAGGAAAGGGCAAUCAGUUCUUAUCACGGCUGCCUCAGGAGGUGUCGGCCAAGCUGCGAUUCAGCUAGCACAGCACGCAGGAGCAAGUGACAUUUUCGUCACCCUGGGUUCCAAAUCAAAGAAGCAGUUGGUCAUGGACACGUAUGGUAUUCCCGCGAGCCACGUCUUCUCGUCCCGAAAGCUAGAUUUCAAACAGGGCAUCCUUCGUCUGACCAAAGGGCGAGGCGUGGAUGUAGUCCUCAACUCACUGACUGGUGACAUGCUUAUCGAUGCUUUCGACUGUGUUGCGAAGCUGGGAACAUUCUGCGAAAUUGGAAAAGGAGACAUCUACAAGGGGAGCCAUCUCCGGCUGAAUCCUUUCGACCGAAGUGUUACAUUUGCUGCAGUUGACCUCGUCGCCGUCGCUCAGGGCCGACCGGAGACUGUAUAUUCGCAUCUCGAGAGCAUUGUUGAGAUGUUCGGGCAGGGUCGACUUCGUCCAAUGAAUCCUAUAAACACAUAUCCAAUUGGUCAAAUUGAAGAUGCGUUCCGAUUGAUUGCAGCUCGAAAGCACACGGGCAAAAUCGUCUUGGAGUCUCCAGAACAAUCAGUCGUUAGGGCUACUCUUCCUGAGAGGUCACAGCUUGUUCUACCGGCACACGCAGCCUACGUUAUUGCUGGCGGUCUAGGAGAUAUCGGGAGGAGACUUGCGGUCCUACUAGCAUCGCGUGGCGCAAAACAUGUUGUGCUUCUUUCUCGUCGUGCGGCGGAACCAGAACUCAAACAGGAGAUAGACCUCAGUGUUGCUUCAUUCGGCUGCACCAUUCAUGUCGUCAAAUGUGACAUAACCAAAGAGUCAGAUGUCGCCACCUGUGCCGAAUAUUGCCAAAAGAACCAAUUACUGGUAAAGGGUGUGAUACAUAGUGGAAUGGUUCUCAGUGAUCGACCUUUCGCCCAGAUGACACUUGAAGAAUUUACUACUCCUCUUGGUCCGAAGGUAUACGGUACAAUGAACCUAGACAAGGCCUUCGCAUCGCCAGACCUCGAAUUCUUCAUCAUGCUGUCAUCGUCAGCCACAAUUAUCGGCAAUGGAAGCCAAGCAAACUACGCGGCAGCAAAUGCCUUCCAAGAUGGGUUUGCGAAUGCCAAGACUGGUAAUGCCAACGGGACAACAUACGUCGCUCUCAACCUAGGAGCUGUUGAAGGCUCACGAGCUGUUGCAGCGACUUCCGAAGCCCAGAGCAAUCGGCUUAAGAGUAUAUCCAUCACCAUGGACGAGUUGUUGCUCGGCGCAGAGUACGCCAUGGGCCCUCAGGCUCACCAGGAUAUGCUGUCGCACGCAAUCAUGGGCAUUUCCAGACAAGGACUUGCCGACGCAGGUGAUGUAAGCUCGUUGAAAAACACGAUCUUCAGCCACCUUCCAGCUGCUCAAGACGAGGCUGGCACAGGUAACGGAGGAAGCACUGAUAUCACUUCUCGCAUUGGUGAAUGCUCGACCGUGGAAGAGGCCCAUGCCCUCAUCACCGAGGCUGUUAUCGCCAAGUGCGCCUCGUUCUUGGGCUGUGGUGUAGAGGAGAUCUCGCAAAACCAGCCGCUGUCUGAAAUAGGAUUCGACUCCCUAGUCUCUAUUGAACUGAAGAACUGGCUUUUGCGCACCUUCGACGCACCAGUGCAGACGGCGGAGAUCUCCGGUGCACCCAGCAUCAUUGCCUUGGCCGCCAUGACCACGGACCGCUCACGAAUAGUGAAUGCACAAGACAAGCCUAAAAGAAAGAGUGGCGAGGCCACCACAAAUGGCGCAAAUGGUGCAAAUGGCACGAAUGGCGUCAAUGGCCAUGAAACUCACGUUGCUGGUCUCGACAACUUCAAGUGCUGUGUUGUUACACCGCCUCCGAAACUCCCAAUGUUCUCGAUGGAGGACUACCUAGACUGCUACUGGCAGACAGUGGCAGUAUUCGCACAUAACGAUGCUGAAAGGGAGAGCCUGGCUACGGCGUUAGAGGAGUUCCGGACCCCUGGAAGCCUCGGAACAAAAAUAUAUUCCUCUUUGAUCGAGCGAGCGAACGACGAGAAUAUCGAAUGUUGGCUAGCAGACACGCAAACCAAUAGCGUCUUCUUGCACUUCCGACAUCCCAUUGCGCCGUGGAACGCCUUCAUGCAUACACAUCACGAUAGCCCAAGUCCCCAUUCUCAGGCGGAGCGAGCUGCUCUGCUGUCUAGCGUGGCAUUCCAGUUUCUGCUGGGCAUGGAAAGAAAUGAGAUCGGUAAUGACUGGUUGGGCCCGCGGCCGCUAUGCUCGUACUACUGGAAAUGGAUGUUCAACGCUGUUCGCCGACCUCGUCUACAUUGCGAUGAGAUGAAGAUAUACGCUGAGAGCAGACACGUUGCCGUGCUUCGUAAGGGACACGUCUUCAAGAUACCGCUGCAAGACGAACAUGGCGAUGUGUCACUUGAGCAGUUGACAGGGAUGUUCCAGGCGAUAUUGGAUGCCGAUGUGGGAGAGGAUUCCUGGACAAGCAUUUUGACAACCGAUUUCCGUGACAUCUGGGCUUCAAACCGAGAGAAGAUUAUAGCGCUCAGUGAUGCCAACUCUGCCUACUUUAAGACCGUGGAAGAGGCAACAUUCGUCGUCUGUCUAGACCAAGGCGUACCCGAGACGAACGAAGAAAGAAUAGCGCAGGGUAUCGCCGGCGAUGGCUUCAACCGUUGGUUCGACAAGACCAUGCAGUUUGUUGUCUAUGCCAAUGGCCGCUCCGCACACAUCUCCGACCAUACCAUGAUUGACGGUACCACGCCUCUGCGCUUGACCGAAUUCAUUCAUGAUGCGAUUAUCUCUCAUCGGCCAGGUGGAGCGGGCAGUAAACCUGCAGCCGCCUUACCAGAGUACUUCCCGCUUCAAACAUUUGCCGCGGUAGAUGAGUACGCACAUCAAGUGCGCAAGCGGUAUCGACAAAUCACCUCAACCCGAGGCUACCGCUACAUCAAGACCACGGCGCUGAGCCAGAGCCUGGCGGCAGGCACCGGCUUCUCGUCGAAGAAUUGCCUCGACUUCACUCUACAACUUGCAGCGCGACUGCACUUCGGAUAUAACCCAGCCGCAUGGGAGCCGAUAUCCGUGCAGCACUUCCACCGUGGGCGGCCUGAUCCAAGGCAGCCUGUCUCAAGCAGUGUCGUGACAUUCUGUGAAGCAGCGCUCGACGAGAAUGUGCCCGUCGCCGAGAAGAGACGUCUUCUGGCCGAAGCAGCAACAGAAUGGGAUGCCGCGACAAGGCGCACCCAGGACGGAUCGGGCUUCCUGCGGCGUACCGAGGCCUUGCUAGGCAUACUGGCGAAGCUCAGCCCUGCCCCGGAGCAAAGCACCGAGGUGGUUCAUUACACGGAGAAACAGCUAGCAAACUGGAAAUGGUCCGACUCCCUGGCAAGGAUCAUGGGACCGGACGCGAAGCUGCCGGCCGUGUUCACCAACAAGGUCUUCAACAGAGUGUACCCUGGAAACUUGUACCAGGUGCGCAACGAAGGAGAAUUUGUGGAUGCCGCGGGGUAUGUCAUGGGCAAUGACUGCAUCUGGAUCAGCAAUCGUGUGCGAGAGAACUAUGUGGCGCUCUCCAUCGUCGGCGAGGCACACAAGGUCGGAAGCUAUGAGGAGUGUUUCCAUAAGGCUGCGAACAUCAUACAAUCAAUCGUGACAGCCAAAUAG